AUGCAAUAAUUGUCUCUCAAUAACAUCCCUUAAAAUCUAUUCCCAUUACCUAUUGUUAAAUCUCAUUAUGAGAUACAACAUCUAUAAGAACUAAGAAAUGAAUAAGAAAAUCAAAUAUUACAAGAUCAUUCAAAACUAUUUAAAGAGAAAACUCCUAAUCGUAGAGAUUAAACUUUAUUAUAAAAGAAUAAAAGAUAAUCAACAGUCUCUCAUGAUUUAAAAAAUAGUAUUCGAAAGAUUUCUGAAUACCAAAGUCAUUCAUAAGAAUAAAUGCUCAAUUCUCAACAUUCAAUUCAUAACAAUACAAUUGAUUGUUCAAUUAAUUAUAAAUAACUAAAUAAGCAUAUUAUAACUGAAUAACAAUUCUAAAUAAAAUAAAAUCAAAUCUAAUAAAUGAUCAGAGAAAAACUUUACACCUCUUAUUGUAAUUCAAUUAAAAAGCAUUCCAAAUUAAAAGGUGUCUUAUUAUAAAAAAUUAGUUAAUUGGCUCCAUUUAUAUCUCAAGAUAAAAAUAUGCAUUAACCUCAUAUUAAAAGAAUGAAUUAAUUUAUGAAAUUUAGAUCUUAAUCAAUUCCUUUUAAUCCUAAUAUUGAUUCUGUUUAAAAUAGUGUCUAAAGAAUUGAAUCUCUACCUAGAAAUCAAGACAAUCAAAGAUAAAGAAUCACAAGUAAAUAAUCUACUCAAAGUUAAAUGAUAUAUCAUAAUAAAGAUGCUGACAGAAUUAUUCGGAAAUUAAACAGAAAAACUGAAAAAUUAUUAAAUGAAACAUAUCCUGAAAUUGAUCCAAAUCCUAUUGUCGAUUAUCAAAAAUAAAUCUUAAAUAGAAUUGAACUCAGAAAUUCUACAAAAAAGAAACUAAUAGAUAGCUUUCAAGAAAUUAUUGAUAAAUAUUGA